AUGAGCUCUCUCAUCCAGCUGGCAGACGCACCGCAGGACAUCGUCUCCAGUAUAACGUUCUCUCCAGCCAGUUCGCAUCUCUUGGUUGGUGGAUGGGACGGGUCUGCUAAGAUAUUCGAUACGAGGCUGUCCUCGCUGGAGCAGUCGACGUGGCCGAUUGUUGGGAUCAACGUGUCUAAGCCCAUCACCGCGGUUUGCUGGGAUAAGAGAGGCCGUAGGGCAUUCUUAGGCAGUUCUUCAGGCCAGAUCCAAGAGAUGGAUAUCGAGAAUUGCAGGGCCAUGACGGUACCGUCCUGGAAACAACACAGUUUAGGGAUACAGUCCAUUCGAUCAGUGGACGAAAACGUUCUCGUUUCCGGUUCGUGGGAUAAAACAGUGCACUACUGGGAUCAAAGGUCGAACUCUUCGAUACACACCGUUGCUUUGCCUGGAAAGGUCUUUGCAAUGGAUACAACCCAGAAUUAUGUUGUUGUGGCCAUGUCACAGAGAAUAGUACAUGUGUAUGAUGUAAGGAACAUGGAAAAAGCGUUCCAAAUACGGGAAAGCGGACUGAGAUACCAAACCCGUGAUCUAAGAUGUAUGCCUAAUGGCCAUGGUUAUGCACAGAGUUCGAUAGAAGGACGUGUUGCUAUUGAAUACUUCGACCCGUCUCCAGAAGUGCAGGCGAAGAAGUACGCUUUCAAAUGCCAUCGGAUCGUUGCAGAAGACGCAGACUUGGCCUCACCCGUGAAUGCAUUGACAUUUCACAGCAGGUAUAAUACUUUGUUCACCGCUGGUUCAGAUUGUCAUGUUUGUUUAUGGGAUCACGUUGCAAAGAAAAGACUUCGACAAUAUUCCAAGUUCGAUCAAAGCGUUGUGUCGUUAGAUUUCAAUUACAGAGAUGAAGUAAAUCUUUUGGCAGUUGCUACGAGUGACGAUACUUUCAAGACUAUGGCCACUACGGACAUGGCACCAAAACCUGCUCAAUCUCAACUGUACCUAAAAGUGUUAAGUGACAAAGAAGGAAUGCCCAAAAGUAUGAAAACCAUGUCUAAUUAA